CCACCACCACCAGCACCACCAGCAACAAGAUGUCGGACCACACCUCGCAGCCGCAGCCCCAAGUUCCGCAAUUCCUUUCGGUCUCUGGAAAGUCGCUGCCGGGGCUUUUGGAGGCACAGACGGUGCUUGGAAAAUGCCGCGACAUCGCCGACUUUGAGAAACUGAACCGGUUGGGUGAAGGGACCUACGGUGUCGUCCACCGCUCCCUCGACAGUCUCACCAACCGCAUCGUCGCGCUCAAGCAAGUCCGCAUCUUCGAUUCCGACCGCGGCAACGGGAUCCCGAUCACGGCGCUUCGCGAGAUUUCGAUUCUCAAGUCGCUACGGCACACGAACAUCAUCAGUGUCCUGGACGUGGCGGUCAGCACGAAGGAUCUGGAUGACGUCUAUAUGGUCGAGGAGUAUGCGGAGCAGGACUUGGCGAAUUUGCUGGACCAUGCGAAAGUGAGGUUUUCGGAAAGUGAGGUCAAGUGCCUCAUGAAGCAACUCCUCGAAGGAAUGGAAUAUCUCCAUCGUCACGACAUAAUCCACCGCGACAUCAAAAUGUCCAACCUCCUCCUGACGCGCACCGGCAUCCUCAAACUCGCCGACUUCGGCCUCGCCAGGGAAUGGUCCUCGCGGCCGCUCACCCCAGGCGUAGUAACGGUGUGGUACCGCAGUCCGGAGCUGCUCCUGUCGGCCACGCGUUACACAAGCUCGGUGGACCUCUGGGCCGCCGGCUGCAUAAUGGGCGAGCUGCUGACCUCCGCGCCGCUGCUCCCCGGCGAAACCGAGCUGCAGCAAUGGCACCUAAUCUGCUCUCUCCUGGGCGCGCCCAGCGUGCGAAUCUGGCCGCGCAUGCCGUCGCUCCCCGGGCUCCCACCGAACCACACGCCGCCGCCGCUGCCGCGCAACACCGUCAACCUUCUGGAAAAGAAGCUGCACGGCCAGAAGCGCGAGUGCAUCAACCUGGUCAACGAGCUCCUCACCUACGAUCCCGACAUGCGCCCAUCCGCGCCGCGCGCCCUGAGACAUGCCUACUUCACGCGCGAGCAGCCUGCAGCGUGUAAGCCCGAGAUGGUACAGACUUUUCCCGAGAUCAGGAAUGAGGAGGUUAAGCGCACCGUCGAAAUGAAGCGUGGCAAUGAGGGCCCGGGUGGUUACGUCUUUGACUUUGGCGAGGGCGAGGGCGAGAGGAAACGGCGGAAGAGGUAGUACUUACCUUCAUAGGUGGGGGAAGGAAAGGAGGGAAGGGAAGGGAAGGGAA